ACCAAACCCUCCAGAGCAACGAACCUAGCUAGCUAGCUUCCACACCAGUGAGCUCCACACUCUCCUUUCUGCUGCUUGCCUGCUUCAGUGCUUGCUCGAGGUCGAGAGGGUGAGAGCGAGGCAUGGCUGUGGCCAGGUCCGAUGAUCAGUACGGUCGCUUUGUGUGGGCGCUGCCCAUGGACAUGGAGGGCAGCCACAAGGGCUGCGGCGGCACCGGCGACGACGACGACGACGACCUCGACGUGGCUCCGGCUGCUUAAUUAACUGACGAGAUAGUAAUUUGCUGAGGUUUAUCUCGAGGUGCUGUAUAUUUCAUGGCUCCGCGAGAUAAUAAUUUUACUACCGUAAUAGCUUGCUUAGCUAGCUCGAGCUCGAUUUUACUUAUUACCAACAAUAAUUGUUGUACUCCCGUAAAUGCAUGGCCGUAGUGCAGCUAAUGAGGGGGUCGUGUACCGGUAAUUGCAGUAAAAAAUCAGGAUAACUGAUGUGCACGCUUAUUAAUGGAUUCAUGUAAGUGUGCACGAGGUCAGGAGUUGUAUUAUACCAUUACCGAUAAAGAUAGAAGUUUAUGAUUAACCUUUAAUGAUUGUUGCCCUUCUACAUUGGUUUGGGUUUAAUUUUAAAGUAAGAGAGCGUGUCUGUGCAGUGGCGGACGUAGCCUAGAAAAUAAGUGAGGGCUCCAUCCUCCCUCUUUUUUUUUUCUUCUCGUACCUCUUUUCUUCUUCCUCUCCUUAAUUCAUGUCAAAAAAUUGGUUGGGGCUUAGGGGAUCCAUGGGCAUUAGGCCGAUAGGGGGGCUCCCCCGAGCCACCGUUCAAUCCGCCCCAACGUGUGUGGGUUGGGGAGGGCGGGGGGAUGCAUUUAACAUCAUCUGAUAUAUGGAUUUAUAUAUGAAUGGAAUCUUAGGACUUAAUUGACUAACGUUUGCAGAUCAUGGCCGGGGAAUAGGGAUCGGAGAAGGUUAAGUAUAACUGGAUAUGGCUGAAUGUGUACCACAAAGAAUUCAUGUUAAAUGAUGAACUUGUGUUGUAGUAUUCUUGAACAAGAUAUUCAAUCUUAACUCAAAAAGUAUCUUCUCAUCUUGAAGUUGUGUUUAAUUAGUUCUGGGCCUUCCUUCUGCUUUUUAAUACACAAACUAAAAUAAUUGUGGCGUACAAAAAAUUAAAAUCAAAUAAAACUUAGCUAAACUUAGGCCUUGCUUCUACUUCUGACGGCCAGCAUGUACGUAGUGCAGCUAAUGUGGGGGUCAUAUACCGUUAAUUACAGUAAAAAGAUCAGGAUAACUGAUGUACAGGGGUUUCACGCUUAAUGUAUGGAUUAAUGUAAAUUUUCUCGAGGUCAGGAGUUGUGUAUUACACCAUUACCGUACCAAUAAAGAGAGAUUAACCUUGAAUUGUUGUUGCCCUUCUGCUGUUUGGGUUUAAUGUUAAGGUAAGAGAGUGUGCCUGUGCGUAUGUGUGUGUGGGGGGGGGGGGGGGGUAUCUUUUCACCUGAAAGUCGUUGUGCUUAGUUAGUUCUGGGACCUCCUUCUGCUUUUUAAUACACAGGGGAAAAACUUUUGCCAUACAACAAAUUAAAUCAAAUAAAACUUAGAUUUAGCUAAGUCUAGGCCUUGACACUUUUGACAUGGGGUCCAAAACUACAUAUUAGUAAAAUGAUCUUCAAGGAAACAACUGAUCUAAAAAUGUAUAGCAUUUCCCUAGGACACUCUGGUAAUCUUUUUGUGGAUUAAAUCAUUCUCUUUUAGCAUUGCUGAAACAAUUUUUCUCUAGGAUCAUCAGCUAGAAAGAUUUGUGGCAAUCGAUGUUGAUUCAAUUAACUAUGUACUUAUUUAAGAGAAUUUUGAUAUGUUCAUGACUGUUUUAGCGCAAAUAAACAAGGAUGAUUAUUCCAUUAGAUUUUAUCGACUCAUUUAGAUAUAAGUAGCAAUCUUUAUUUUGCGAGUUUUUUGUUUGAAAUGCAAACAUAUUUCAAUAUUUAUAAGUAUUUUCUAAACAAUUUAGUAAAAUUAUAACAAGAAUAAUAGCGAUGAUGUACUCCAUUUAAGAUAGAUUUGCUUAGAACCUAACCGAAUCAUGGAAAUACAAAAAAAAAUUAAAUAUAUUCAUCAUGGCCAAAACUGAAAACGAGUACUAUGUUUUUUCUGAACCGAUCAGCAGGGGAGGCCCUGGGCUAAUUUUUUCUGUAUAAUAAUAAAAAAUGCAGAGUAUGUACAUGGGGGUUAUAGAUCUUAAAGCUCAAAGAAAAGAGAAAGAAAAAAAAACAAAUACUACGUUGAAGAUGAGCAGCCUUAUAACUAUUUCUCACAAGAAGAAAGAAAUAAUUUAGAGGUUUCUCUUGCGUUUAAAUACAAAAAGUAAUAUUUUUAUCCUAUGUUAUAUUGGCAGGUCUUAUAGAUUUACAACUUCAAACUGAACUGAGUCUCAGACAUAUUUCUAAGAAGUUUUCUUUUCUUUGAGGGUAUAACGAUUAAAUUCAUAUAUAUGGUGCUUAAGUUUGAUUAGGUUCUCUGUUGAUCCCAAGCAACCAAUCAUAUGGGCCCACACACUGAUUUCCGAAUUUCGUCUUACGUCAAGACGAUCAGCAGAACAGAGCUUAUUACGUGGGGAAGUCAUCGACUCCGUACAGCGUGAAGUGGCUAAGGCAGUUGAGAAAGCAAGCAAGCACACUUAUACUAGACUAAACAAAAGUAUAAACUCUUUGCGUCCAUCGUUGUUGUACUUGUGCAGUUGCAAAACCUGCCUGCCACAGCUUGUCAAGCAGAGUCAGAUCACCCGAAAACGCAGCUGUUCAAUAGAUUAUAGCUCCCGUCAGGCAAAGUGGUUUCAGCAACAAGAAGGUGAGCUGAUCAACCAAACACAGCGAAGCUAGCACCUAGCAGCCAUGGCCGCCCAUGCUUCGGAUUCGGAAGGCCAACAACCAAUGCCACGUACGUAGUUAGUAGCCAAGUAGGGCUCAGCUUCUGAAGCUAUAAAUUUCCCGGCAAGGACCCAUGUCUUUGCAUCGAAGUAAACAAAGCAGCUUAAGCCCUCUUGCUUUGUAGCGCUAGCAACCGGUGAGCACACCAGGAGCACCCAUGGCAUCCUCCUCGGUUGUCUUCGCCACGGCGCUCGUCAUGGCGCUCAUGCUCGCGAGCAGCAGCACGAGCCGUGCCGCGCGCCAUCUCGCCGACACGACCCCGGCCGCUGCUCCUCCUGCCGCCGUCCCAGGCAUUCCUGCCGUGCCGAAGCCGCCGGUGCCAACAGUGCCAACCGUGCCCGCGGUCGCCCUGCCACCGAUGCCCGCGGUACCCAAGGUGCCAGCGGUCACCGUGCCACCAGUUCCCCAAGUGCCGGCGGCGACCUUGCCACCCGUACCAGCAGUGCCGGCGGUCCCCGCGGCGACCCUCCCGCCGGUACCAGCGGUGCCGAACGCGGCAUUGCCCCCGAUUCCGGCCGUUCCCGCCGUGCCGAAGGUGACGCUGCCUCCCGUGCCCGCCGUCCCCAAGGUUACCUUGCCGCCGAUGCCCUCGAUCCCCAGCGGCGUGCCGAUGCCGUUCUUGGCGCCGCCUCCCUCGGCGUAAUCAAGCACUGUUCAUGUGUGGACACGCUGCCGUCAUUUGCCGAUGUCUGAUUGUUGCGUCGUCGCUGGAUCGAGUAUUUGCUGGGAAUGAUGCUGUACUUUCAUGAACAGAUUGGCUGGGUUUCUUUCUUGGCUUCCAUUUGAUUUGUGUGGUUCUAUAUGUGUGUAUGUAUUAGUUGCAGGAGUCUUGGGUUCUGUCAUUGUACUUUGUAUACAGGGUGUGCUCAGCAAUCUCGUGUUUCUGUAUAUUGGGUUCAAUUUGGUCUCAUUGUGUUUCAUUGUAUAAUGGAACUACUCAUAUCUUCUUGACAA